AUGGAUCAAGGUGUGAGACUUGUUGCUGCUGUGGGGGAUGUUCUUUGUGAUCCAUAUAGGUAUAGGCGGUUGGUAGGUAAACUCAAUUAUCUUACUAAUACUCGUCCUGACAUUGUUUUUCUAGUUAGUGUGGUGAGUCCGUUUAUGAGUACCGUGACGCAAACUCAUUGGGAGGCUAGGUCACCUAGUGAUAAGAGGUAUACUACAGGGUACUAUGUGUUUGUAGGUGGAAAUUUGGUUUCUUCGAAGAGCAAGAAGCAAGGCAUUGUAGCACGGUCCAGUGCAGGAUCUGAAUAUAGGGCUAUGGCUCAUGUUGCUAGUGAGAUAACUUGGGUGUAG